AUGUUGUGGCGAAUGCGUCGUCGCUCCAGGAUAAACUGUCUGUCCUUGGCACUCAUCUCCAUUUCCCUGCACCUCCUCCUGGCGUUUGUCUUUCUUUCCCAGUACAGGCAACCCUGUGACCCUCCACCACCCACCAGGACAACCUUCCCAAAACAUCUGGCUAACAAAAGUUAUGCCUUCACGGGCAUCGCCGGUUCGACCUUGUCGUCGACCGACGGUUCACAAAGACAUCCUUCCGGUGCAAAGGGCCAUGUUGGAGAGCCUACGGAAAAAUCUCAAGGUGGAAGGAUCGCACCGGUGAUCAUGUCCAUUGUGGAGCCUCUUGCGUCUAGCCUGGCAAAGCUCCAAGCGCUCUUUGACCAUCCCCUUUACUAUUCGCCCAUGACCAUUCACAAAGAGGAUCUACUGCUGAAGGUCAAACCAAAGUUGAAGUCUGAGAGGAGCUCCCAGAUGUGGGUGAGUGAGACCCAGGAAGGCUACGACAGCAUCCAUUGGAACAGCAGCAGCGAAAGCCAUCCCCCCUGGCUGCGCUUUCACCUCGCCAUCUCACGCUGGCAGCUCUACCCCCACCCGGACCCCAACAUGGAGUCUGUGAUCGAACAGCUCGCUUCUCACCGCAUCGUUAGCGCAGUUCAGAAAACUGGGGGAACACAGCUGAAGCUAGUGAUAUCAUUCCCCAACUAUGGGCAGGCCAUGUUCAAACCCAUGAAGCAGGAGAGAGAUGAUGAAACCAACUACAACCUCUACUAUUUCUCGGAUUUUGAGCGACACAAUGCAGAAAUUGGAGCUUUUCAUCUUGACAGGAUUUUGGGGUACAGGAGGGUACCCCCAGUGGUUGGGAGGCUUGUAGAUGUGAUCAAAGAGAUCAAAGACAUCACGACAGAUCACAAGCUGGCCCGGACAUUUUUCAACUCCCCCGUGGGCAAUGUGUGCUUCUAUGGCCGGUGCUCCUACUACUGUAGCACAGAACAUGCUGUGUGUGGCAGGCCCAAGAACCUGGAGGCUUCCUUGGCCCUUAUGCUGCCCGACCUAUCCCUGGCCAACCGGAGGAGCUGGCGAUCACCCUGGAGACGCUCGUACAGUCGCAGCAAGCUGGCAAGGUGGGAGACAGAACCAGGCUACUGCUCGACUAUCAAAAAGACAGCACCCUAUGACAAAGGCACAAGGCUGGUGGACUUCAUUGACAUGGUCAUACUGGACUUCCUGAUGAGCAACAUGGACAGACAUCACUACGAGACGUUCGAGGAGUUCGGCAACAACACUUUCCUGCUUCACCUUGACAACGGCCGGGCAUUCGGACGUCACUCCAAAGACGAGCCGUCUAUCUUGGUGCCAUUGGAGCAAUGUUGCAGAAUCCGUCGUUCUACCUGGCUACGCCUUCGCCUCCUGUCCCAGCCUCAGUAUCGCCUCAGCGACGUCAUGCGGGCCUCGCUUUCCCAGGACCCUCUCCACAGCGUGGCCCCGCUGUUGACAGAGCCCCACCUCGCUGCCCUCGAUCGACGUUUGAAAACUGUGCUUGAUGCCGUAAGUCGUUGCGUGGAGGAGCACAGCCAGGAAGAGGUCAUAUACGAUGACAUUGGCCAGUCGAAGGACGUUUAA